UUAUACAGAGGGCCAGAUUACUCGACGGUAUGAGACUGAAUUACAUGCGCCGAUGAAUGGGUUUGAAUAUCAGCCAUUGGAUGAAGCCUACCAAGAACUUUAUCAACAGGAUUACAUCUACCAGGUAGCAGCCUCGGAAACAAUAAGGAGAAAGGAAAACAAACGUGGCAAUCCGAAGUUUCAUUUACGGGGAGCCACUCUCAAGAGCUGAAUCCUCCGCGCACACCGAGACGCCGUUCACGAGUUCCAAUGUCUAGCUCCAACGUCUCUAGUACGAGUUCACGAGUUUCAAUGUCUAGUUCCAGCAUCUCAAGCAUAAAUUCAAGAGGUCCAAUGUCUAGCUCAAGCAUCUCAAGUACCAGUUCACGAAUCCCAGUGCUUUGGUCAACCCAUCUUGGGCGUCUAGAACAAGACCGAGUGGCUAGCACACAACAGCCUAAAGCAAGAGAACCACAUGUUUCUUUGGAAGAUGCAGCACCGCAAAGCCAUGACCAGCAAUAUAAACCUUUGGAUACUCAAACCGAAGUACCAAAACGACCGCGAUUCAUCGCCUCAACUGAGGGUAAUAUUGAAGAGCUCGACCCUAGCUUUAGGAUGAGGAAUACCGAUUGGGAGACAUUUUUCACAUGCGGGCGAGUCUUCAAAACUUUAUGGACGGAUCCUGCAGGCCCGAGAAUUCAUGCAAACGACACCAACCAAUUUACAAGUCAGGGCAAGUUCAAAGUUGCCCAUGGCCAAUACGUCCUGUCAAAAAUUCGCAGGUUCAUUGUAGUCAGUAGCAACAGCAGCUCAAGUUCGUGUCAGUGCUUGCCAAUAACCAUAUAUGGUGGCAAAGGGUAUCAGAAGCGGGCCAUCGAUCUAGCCGAGCACGGUCAAAUAUAUUAUGUUGACGAGGUAGAUGGUACAGCUCCAGGAAUUUCCAAGUUAGCUCUACGAGUGAAGCCUUCUAGGAAUGGAGAAAAAUUGGGUCCUAACUCUCUUGUCAACUACGGGCGUGCUUAUUGUGUCUAUAAAAACGUCAAAGUUAGAGACCUGGGUCAGCUCGAUUCGACAUCCCAGAAAUUGCUGCGUCGGUACUACAAGGAGAUCCACUUUCCUGUGGAUGAUGACUCUGAUCCGGCUCCUCCACAGGGUUCGGAGCAGUAUCGGGGGAUGCAGGGCGUACGUUCAAGUUUGGACAGCAGUUAUGAAUCAGAACCAAGGCCUUCUUUCCAGUAUCAACCCUUUGAUUCGCACUACUCAGAUGAGAAUCCACUGCCACUUGGGUACAACGCUUCAGGUUACGAAAUUCCCGAACAAACUGAUAAACGCCCUGGUUCUCCUCCGGGAAAUAGGAAUCUCCCGCCUGGUUCCGACAUGGUCGAGGAGCAGAUAUACCAAGUCUCAGAAGACUGGAACUCCAGAGACAGUCACGAGGGUGGCAGUAAUUCUACCCAGUCUCGCCUGAGCGGCAAGAAAGAGAGGAGUGUCGAGGAGAGCGAUUUAGCCCCCGAAAUACAGGAAUUGAUGGCUAGAAUUGAGCGAUUGGAGCAAGGAAUUACCACGCAAAGACAUUCACUGUCUCGCACGUCUUCAGAGUCGAGUCUCAAUUCCAUCUCGAGCGGAGGGUUCUCCGUCGCCGAAAGUGCUCCAUCUUCCGCAUCUUCUUCGACCCCCAAUCCAUUACAUUUGCAAAGAUUUGUAGAUCUCUUGUUCAAUGAUUUCGAACUGAAUGAUUUACUCGAAACUGCAAAACACCGAAUAUCUUUUGACAAAUUCGAGAUCAAUUUUAAGCGAUGUUUACGAUUAUUCUCAGAACAUCUUCGGGCGGAGUCUGCUCCUUCUCUUCCCAGAUAUCUUCCUAAGUUGAUUCGCAGAUUAGUGACUAAUGCUGCGUACACCGUUCGUCGCUCCCUCGAGCUGUCACUCCAGACAGAAGUACAAACGAAGGAUGAGGCACAGCAACGAACAGUUCCUCUCGCAAAGCCACAUGUAGAGGACAUUAAUGAGGCUGAUGAGGAUGACAUAGGCGAUCUAGACAUUGAAUUCGAAGAACAAGAACAAGAACACGAGAAUGAGAAUGAGAAUGAGAAUGAGGGCGUCCAACCAAACCUCGAGGCCAUGAUAGUGACCACCUCAUCCUUCAUGAAGCUUCGUGAGAAUUUCAGGAUUUUUCUCUCAGCCGACCACAGUCGGAGAGCCAUUUUUGAUUGCUGGCCGGCUGCACUGCCCGAAUCAGAAACAACGGAACUUGUCUAUUUCGUCCUCCCCGGUCUUGAAGAUUACCUCAAAUAUCGUCUACCUGGAGAUUGUCAGCUGGGGAGUUUUCUGGUUUUCAUUGGGACUGACGAAGCCGCAGAGGCAAUAAGCUGUGAGGAAUACUUGUUGAGAGAAUGGCCUGAGGUUGGGCGAUGUGUCGUGGAUUUCAUCAAUGGGCUGCUUCUGAAUACUCAGCAAGAUGCCCAAGAAGAUACAGCUAAAAUUAGCAUGCGUCUAUGCGCUAUCGAAAAUGCUAGGAGCCAAGCAGGCAUUCUUAUGAUGGUUCAGACAUCUUAUUGCCGACAUGGUCAAGUAGCUGAUGCUUUGUCUUGGCUGAGUGCUGUUCUUCGAGUGUCCCCUCACCAGGAAGUCUGCACGUCGCGUGUUUCUGUACAAGCAAGGAACACAGAUGCGUACUUGAAACGAAAACUUCAGAAUUGUCCAAACAAAAUCAUUCAAGUCACUUUGAAUGGCCUUGAACGACUGAAGCAUCCGUCAACGUGUUGGCACUCAUUGUUCCCUCACAUCGUCAUGGCACAAGGCUUUCCCGUUCGACCAAGAAUGGAAGGUAUUGGGCUCGAAAUAUCUUUUGCUAACGCUCUACAUGCAAGCAAAUGUCUAAGCUUCGUGGAAUAUGAUAACGGAUUGAUUGCUCAUGGAUUGAAGUCUGUUUUGAUCCCGAUGGCUGAGUUGAACGAAGACGAUGCCAUUCAAUGGCACUUUGAAAAUAAGACUAAGGUGAGAAUGCGAAGAAUUUCCUCAAUAGGUCAAAUACUGCGCAUACUCGCGGUUGAGGAUUGGUACAAAGUUGCGGAUCCAGGUUUAUUAAUGAAAAGACGGUGCUUCCUGGGAUGGGUUGAGGAGGCAAAUGUUGUCUUGGGCACGUCGUUGUACACGCCACACUUUCGACCAUCUCGGGCUCCGUUGUGUCCGCGUCUUGCACAUAUCCAAAGAUUUGAAAUUACAGCUAGUGUGUCUGCAAUGUCUUGGGCUACAUUGCAAGGCACAUUUAUUCGAGAGCCUGUGGCAAUAUCGAGUUCUGUAUCGACGUCUCAGAUAGCCGAUCUCCUCGAUCUUCUCAAUAUGGCAGAAGAUGAGCAUGGCAUAGUCUUUGAGCAUGAUGCCAGAACGGGAUGGUGGGUCUCUCGUGCCAGCAUUGUACUGCAAAUGGCGCACUCGACUAUUCAGACUUGCCAUUAUGAUCUCUACAAUGGAGAUAAUCAAGUGUCGAAGGAUGAUCAGCAAUACUUUGCUCAAAAAUUUUCGGAUGGAGCUUCAAGCGCAGUUGCCGCUCUUAAGCAAUGUCUUCAUCUCAAGAUUCGGAAACCAACAGGAGGCUCUGAGUUAUUCGUAGUGGAAAACUUCUCCGAAACGAUUGCAAGAAUCUGGCACACGUUGAGUGACAUUGCAGAAAGUCUCGAAUCAACAUCAAAUGAGCUAUAUUUAGUCGGGCAAUCUGUCCCUAGAUGGCUUCUUGGUGUUGAUCUGAUAGAUGCGAUUAACAACAAACGACCGAUGGCCAUAAGACGUGUCGAGGUUAAUCAACCUUGGACACAUCUGACAACUGAGAGACCCUUGGUACUCUUUUGCAAGGAUAUCCCUCCACCGAUUGUGGCUGUCUCUAAUUCCUGCAAGUCUUGCUCUAACGUUCCUCCGCAGCAAAAUCUGCUAGUAGCUACAGCUUCCACGGUCCACUCUUUGCUUGACUACCAGGACUAUGGACUUGCUGAGGGCUUGAACUGGUGUGCAUCAAAGAAUCUUAUAGACCGACAUGAGAGUACCAGCAACGCGCCUGUUCAAUAUAUCCAGAAGCUCCAGUCGAAGAAGAAGCCUUCAUCUAAUACAAAGAUACGAGCUGCGGUUCAGUCAUGUCUCCGCGGAGCUUUUAUAUUUGGCAAUGGGACAGAGAAAAAGUGUAAUGUGCUUUCGACAGUUCACCCCAUCAGGACAACUCAGACAAGAGAUAGUGCUGGCUCGGAUAACUUUAGGAGGUCCGUAUCUCAAAUAUCUAGCACGGCCAGCGCUACCUCCUCCGAGUUAACAAACACCUCAAUUACAUCUACUCAAGAGAAUAGCGAUCCUUCAGACGAGUCCGAGGCCGACGUCUCCAGCCCUGGCCUUGAAAACCCUUCGGCUGUAGCUCAGGAUCUCGAAACACGAUCGGAAAGGAUCUCAAAUACAGAGGUGGAAGUAGAACCGAAAGUAGCGUCAAGUAAUAGUCCCUCGGAUAUGAGUGAGAAGGGCGGGGUUAUGAAGACGGCUAGGUUAUCCUCAAUGUUCGCAAAAAUUCGCAAAGAUCGGUAAGAAUGAAACCCACGACACAAUCUGUUAGGUAUACAUAUCGAAGGCAUAUCCGAAGAUGAAGUCAAGGCCAAAAUUUAACAACCUCAAGAUGAUUAUAUGUAUACCUUGGGGCAUAAAGAUACAUAGAUCCGUCACCGUUCUCUUUCGUAGCAUAAUCACAGCCCUCAAAUUGCCUUUUGUUGCA